AUGGGUAGACUUCUCCCGCUCGACCCUCGGCCAUCCAGAGCCGACCCCGAGGCCCGGUCCGCGCGCAAGGAGAUUGAAAAGUCCAGCACGGGCUUCAGCUGGACGACGGCGGCGAUCCUGGGUGUGCUCGGCGUCACGAUGCUCAUCAACGUCGAGAAGGGCGUCGAGAGGUGCGAGAAGCGGCACCAGCGCAAGGGGGAUUGGGACAGGUGCCGAAACGGCCGAGACAGGGGCAGUGGCGGCGAUGCUGGGGAUCGGGGCCGAGAUCGAGGCCGUGAUCGGACUCGGGCCAGCACCGAGACGCCCACCAGGAGGACCUGGAUUUCGAGUCCCAGACGUGAUAGGAGCUACAGUCGACGCAGGUCCAAGUCCGCCGUCUUUGAUGAAUCGUCCGAAUCUGGACCCAAGCAGAAGCUGCGCCGCGAUGGUCGAGACGGUUCGCCAACUCGGGAAAGGGGAAGGAGCAGCACCCGAGGGGGUGACAAGAGCAGUCAAGGUCGGUCGUCUCGGCGAUCAGAGAGCUGA